AACACCUUCAUCUCCUUUCUUUCUCUCUCUCUCUCUCUCAAACCUGCAAACAUGGCUGUUCCUUUGAUCCUCAAGAACCAAACAGAUCACCGACAAGAUCCAAAUCCGGACACGACCCAUCUCUCCUCUUCGCUUCAAGAAGCCAAAUCAAUCGCCAAAAUAUCUCUCCCAAUGAUCUUAACCGGUUUACUCCUCUACUCUCGCUCAAUGAUCUCAAUGCUUUUUCUCGGCCGUCUCAACGAUCUCCCUGCUCUCUCCGGCGGAUCACUAGCCCUCGGUUUCGCCAAUAUCACCGGAUACUCUCUCCUCUCCGGUCUCUCCAUCGGCAUGGAACCCAUCUGCGUUCAAGCCUUUGGCGCCAAAAGAUUCAAACUCUUAGGCCUUGCUUUGCAAAGAACCACACUUUUGCUCCUCCUCUGUUCUCUCCCCAUCUCUAUCCUCUGGCUCAACAUCAAGAGGAUUCUAUUAUUCUUCGGACAAGACGAAGAAAUCUCGAACCAAGCUGAGAUCUUCAUCCUCUUCUCUCUCCCUGAUCUGUUUCUUCAAUCUUUGUUACAUCCUCUCCGUAUCUACCUCCGAUCUCAAUCCAUCACUCUUCCUCUUACAUACUCUGCUUUCUUCGCUGUGAUGCUUCACAUUCCCAUCAACUACCUUCUUGUUUCUUCCCUAGGGUUCGGUCUUAAAGGCGUAGCCCUGGGCGGGAUCUGGACUAAUGUAAACCUCCUAGGGUUUCUGAUCAUCUACAUCGUGUUUUCGGGUGUUUAUGAGAAGACUUGGGGAGGAUUCUCUAUUGAUUGCUUUAAAGGAUGGAGAUUAUUAAUGAAGCUAGCAAUCCCUAGCUGCGUUUCUGUUUGUUUAGAAUGGUGGUGGUAUGAAAUAAUGAUUCUUCUUUGUGGACUGUUACUUAAUCCGCAAGCAACCGUCGCGUCUAUGGGAAUCUUGAUCCAGACCACUGCUUUGAUCUACAUUUUUCCUUCCUCUCUUAGUGUCAGCGUCUCUACACGCGUAGGGAACGAGCUAGGCGCGAAUCAGCCUGAUAAGGCAAGGACUGGUGCGAUAACCGGACUUUGUUUAAGCCUAGGGUUAGGUUUACUCGCCAUGUUUUUCGCGUUGAUGGUUAGGAACUGGUGGGCUAGAUUGUUCACGGUUGAAGAAGAGAUACUGAAGUUGACGUCCAUGGUUUUGCCGAUCAUCGGGCUUUGCGAGCUAGGGAACUGUCCUCAGACCACAAUGUGUGGAGUUUUGAGAGGAAGUGCUAGACCUAAACUAGGAGCAAACAUAAACCUGUGUUGUUUCUACUUUGUGGGAAUGCCUGUGGCUAUAUGGUUAAGUUUCUUUAGAGGGUUUGACUUCAAGGGACUGUGGUUAGGUCUGUUUGCAGCUCAGGGCUCGUGUCUGGUUUCAAUGUUGGUCGUGUUGGCUAAGACUGAUUGGGAAGCUGAGGUUCAUAGAGCCAAAGAACUCAUGACUAGAUCAUGUGAUGAUGAUGGUAGUGGAAGUAAUACGACGCCGUUUUUGUUGGAUUCUUUGGACAUAGAAGAAAGUGGGAACUAUAGGCAUUUGAAUGUGUUUUGAUUUAUUGUGACACUAACGACAUUUGUUUUCAUUGUAAACUCUCUAAUUGAUUAUUUUAGGAAGGAAACACUUCAAACAUUUGAUCGUUGGAUUUUUUUUUUUUUAAUGUAAAAUAUGAUUUGUUAAAUAUAUAUAUUGCACUUUCUAGUUUAAUUUCCC